UGUACGAUGCUAUUGAUCGAGCCGGACCGCAUGAAAUACAUCAUGAUGCCCCGUGAUAGCAGGAUAGGAAAUAAGCGUGCUGCCGAUAGCAUGCUCGAGGCGGCGGUUGAAAUAGUACAAAAACAGUGCGCUCACUUGCAGAUCCUUCACUAAUAUCUCCGGUGUCUGUAUACGGGUGCCUGGACGUCGUUGUCAGACAAAGAGGUGGGGGCUCACCGCGGUGAUUUUACAUGUAAAUAGUUGGGACAAACGCCCACAGCGUUUAUCUGACAGGUAUACGCUUGUCGUUCCACAACAAAUCUACCAUUACUGCCUCCGAAUAGUGGAGGCAUACUGGUCAAUGGAUCCACUACGAUCAAGAAUGUGGCUACUUAGCGGUGAUGAUUUGUCGAACUGGGUGUUUGCUCCAUGGCAAGCGGCAACGACGCGAUCCACGAGCACCCAGCGCUGCUUUACCCUCC